UUUUUUUUCUGUUUAUUCUGCCUCUUAACUGUUUUUUGGAUGUAGUAAAUUUAGUUCUCUGUCCCUAACCCCACCCAGAGCGCACUAUCUACCCUCUAACCUCCGCAGUCCGCCAUCACUCUUUAGUACCAAUACUGCGUACAUCCGGCCUGCCUAGGCACCCCACCUAACGUGAACACGUCCGGCUACUUGCCGGGGAAUCCAUCCCGUCAUAUAAAGUAGCCCUAACCUUCUGAAGACGCUCCGUUGAUCUGCCAUUCGAUAGUUAUCACCACAUCCAUAUAUCACGGGCCAAUGAAAUACCUUUUUCAUGCACCAUAGUAACCAUACCUAACCACAUCCAACGCUUGGAGACACUUGAAGUCUCUUCGCACGGACAAGGGUGAAUGCUUGUUAUCCUGUGCAGAGGAUGGAUGACGCAGCAACGACACUGAGUCUCAAUAAGACAUCCCAUGCCAGACAGGCGGCAUGUCUCAACUGCAGAAAGAGCAAGGUCCGAUGUAACCGCACGCCAGGGGAUGCAGGCUGUGAUAGGUGCAGGCAGGCCGCUGCGGAAUGUAUCGUGCCCAGCCACCAUGUUGGCCGGCAGAAAGGAGUCAAAAACAAACGUAAAGGCCUUGAGAAGGCGUUACAUCAAAUAGAACAGGCUCUCAAGCGACCUAAGCCUGAUGCGCCCGAAUCUGAUGCUGCACAGAAAAUCAUAUCCAAUCUCCACGAUUUACUGAACAAGACACAAGGUAACCAGUUGUACCCCGAGGCCGAUGAACUAUCAGAGGACACAGACCGGGCACGCAACCCCCAUUCUCCCCACGGGGUUGAUACAGGUGACAGUUUGUCACUGGACGAUGCUGAGAAUCCACUGCAACUACUGGCGCGCGCGUCUGACCUUCAGCUACCACCGGCUGAAGUGCGUAGUUUCCAGAGAUGGCGUCCCCUGGAGCCACUACAGCCAACAGCACUACCACAAAAUAAUAACGCAGAAGACGAUUCCUCUACGGCUAGACUGUUUUUUGUCCCCGUCAAGGCGCAUUUGGACCUUGGUUCAGACAUGGACCCCGUCGAGCUAGGCCUCGUCACCCUCGAUGAAGCCGAGUCUCUUUUUGCCUUUUUCUAUCAAGACCUUGCUCAUACUCGAUGGGGUCUUGACCCCGUCGUCCAUACUGCGUCUUUUGUACGUUCACAGUCGGCUUUCCUUUUCACAUCAAUAAUGGCUGCGGCUGCUCUGUUCUUACCGUCAGCGGCCGCGCUAUCGAAGAGACUGUCCAGACACUGUAAAUCGUUGGCUCAGAUGGUCAUAGCCAAACGUUUCAGAUCGGUCGAGAUAGUCUUGGCUUUCAUGGUGAAUGUUCCUUGGAUGGCCCAUGGUAAUUACUUGGGUGACGACGACACCUGCUCCUACAUUGCCAUGGCUCUGGCCAUUGCACUAGAUUUGUAUCUAAAUAAGAUUGUUUUACCGUCUACUAGCUUUGACAACGGCGUUAUAAGACGGCUUGCCAAGGCCGACUGUAUUGAUGCAAAGAGAGCAUUGCACAUGGAUGGCUUCGAUAAUGUCGAUCCAAACUCGGAAUGGGGCCAGAGGCUACUGCGACGACGCGAAAGGACCUGGAUUGCUUUGUUCGUUUUAGAACGAGGCGUAUGUUUAGCUCGUGGAAGGAGCUACACUGUUCCCCAGACUUCUCUCAUCGUAAGUUGUGACCGAUGGCAUGUCUCGAACUUUGCAGACGCGCGUGAUGGGCCCAUGAAUUCGAUGGCAGCCCUCCGAAGAAACCUGGAUGAUCUAUUCAAGAAGGUCAAGUCCAGUUGCGAUAACUACCAGGUCACCGAUGCUGGCUCAGAAGCUGCUCAAUCGAUUAAGACCAUGAUAGAAAGUUUCUAUGAUCGCUGGUAUGAAACAUGGGGGCCGGCGAUUGGGGAAGGUCAAUCGUAUUCCCUUCCACCGUACGUGGAAAUUCUAGUUACCCACACGCGAUUAUCAACGUAUGGUGGUGUGAUUAAUCACCCCACGGCGCCACUUGAGGUAAAGCGUUUCUUCCGAGCGGCCGGCCUUUCCUCAGCGCUGAAUGUAAUGAGGGCAGCCAUCCAAGGAGAAUCACGAUUAAAAUCGAUGCCGAACAACACGGUCAUUAUGAUUUCAUUUGCCGCAUGCUCUGCCCUCAGCCUCAGUGUGGCGCCAACUGAUACCAGAUCCAGCCUGGCCCCAAGUGUACGGACUUUGAUUGAGGAAACUGCAGGCGUGCUGGAGCGUAUUGGGGCGACCCCUAGUCAUAGGAACGGUGCGUCUGUGCUUUACGGACGGUAUCUAAGAGAGCUAGUUCGACGAGGCUCCGAGAAUCAGAACGAGCCACGGAUGCCAGCCGAGGCGACCCUGAGAUCACCAUCAGCCUUUGAUGGGUACGGCACUGUGCCCCCAGUGUCGCAACCGUCAUUUUCACCUUUGCUUUGGUCAGAGCCGCUGCAGUUCUCUGCUAUGUCUGAUGGACAGAUCAUCGAUGCUGUGAACCGAGCGGGCAUCACCUUCGGGACGGGCGUGCCGGAUGUUCCACUGGACGAUAUAAUGAGUUGGGACUGGUUGGACAUUGGAAAUGUAACUGACUUCGGCUUCUAACAACACUGAGGGGAAAAAGGAGCCGAUCCCCCAUCCCGUCGGUGUCCAGAAGUAGCUCCGAGUGCCGAUCCGUUUCCUCACAAAACAAAGCUCUUGCACCCCA